AUGCUGGCGGCAGCUGGGAGCCGCGUCUGCCUGGGCCGGCUCCUGGCCGAAGGGCAGCUGCACGCCCCCCUGCUCCGGCCGGCAGCGCGUGGGAUCGCGGCCACUGCAGCUUCCUCCAGCAGCGCCCACAACCGAAGCCCAGGGGCCAUCAGCUCGGCUGAGAAGAUGUACAAAGUACCUGGUAGUUACAAACCUUCCAACUUUGACAAAAAAAUCCUCAUGUGGACAGGACGCUUCAAGACUGAAGAAGAGAUUCCCUCAAGGAUCCCGCCAGAAAUGCUGGACAUAGCAAGAAACAAAGCUCGGGUAAAAGCCUGUUAUCUAAUGAUUGGACUCACAAUUAUCGCCUGCUUUGCUGUGAUUGCAUCAGCUAGAAGGGCUGAACACCAUGAGUCCCUAACAAGCUGGAACCUAGCAAAGAAAGCCAAGUGGCGUGAAGAGGCUGCAGUAUCAGCAGAGUUUAAGACUAAAUAA